AUGGAGAAGAAACAAAAUAGUAAAACUCAUUCUAUCAUGGGUAAAGCUGCCGUAGCUUUUUUGGUUAGCUCCUCUAUUGCAUCCAUUAUAGUACUAGUGACACGGAGAGCUGGAGAUCUAAGCCGAGCUUCAUGUAUGGGAGUGACCAUGUUGGUAGUUAUAACUAGCGAACGUAAAAGAGCAAUGCGCUGGGGUUUGGCUGGAAGAUGGAUAAUGUCGACUGCGCUAUUGUUCAGCCUGGCAUGCGAUGCGUAUUGUUCGUAUGUGAUGAACCUACAAACGCCCACAGCAGCAACAAUUGCCAUCUGUGAAUUGAUGGUUGGCACCUGUUUUGCAGCCGGGUGUCUUCUAGUUCACUCGUAUACCUUAGCACAAGACCAUGAGACACUUGCUCACAGAUGUGACGAGAUUGAAGGAAUAUUAGGUUUCUUCGUAAUUAUGCCCCCCUACAAUCUAUGUUUCAAGACGAUACCCUUUGCAUGGAUCUGUCUAUUUCGACAAGGUACCGUUGGAAACAGCCACAUAGAAAGGAUAUUAAUGGAAAGGGGCUUAAUUUGCUUGCCAAUAUUGGCUAUAUUUUCAUUGAACUUAUUAAGUAGCUUAUUUACAAAGGAGUCAUUAAACUUAUUAAGUAACUUAUUUACAAAGGAGCCAUGA